UAUAAUAAAGAUCACAGUAGAAUGUUCUACAAAUGAAACAUAUCAUCUGCCAGCAGGUGGCAGCACAUCAACUCCAGCGCGUGUCGUCGAGCUUGUUUCCAUGCGACUGUAAACAAUGGACCGAAGGGGCUUGUCCUUUUUCUCUAACACAUGUAAGGCUGCUCCUCGUUUCUGUCGUUACCUAUAGUAAGAAAUGGCCUAUUCACAGACCCCCAAGAAGGCUGGUCUACCACGAGAGGUUUUGAAAUGGCUGCAAGCUCUUGAUUUAUCGUUUUUCCCCAAAAACGUCCGCAGAGACCUUUCCAAUGGAUACCUAGUGGCCGAAAUAUUUUCCUGGUACUUCCCAAGGGAUUUUCAUAUGCACUCCUAUGAUAAUGGAGCUUCACUGGCUGCCAGACAAUCCAACUGGUCCCAGAUUGAGAGAUUUUUUGAGAAGCAAAACAUCAGUCUGUUGAAAGAGGUCAUAGAUGGCACAAUCCAUUGUAAACCUGGAGCUGCAGAGCUACUCGUGCAAGAGAUUUACACCUUCCUGACCAACAGAAGGAUCCAGACCAUCCAGAGGGUGGAGCAAAACUUCACAGAUAAGGCUUAUCAAGACCAGUUGCCUAUGGUGGCUCGAGCCACAGCCUCAGUGGCCAUAAAGAGCAACUUGAGUCUCAGUGAGGUUAUAGCUGAACCAAACAUCAUCACCAACCAGCGCAAGGUCCUUGCAAUCAUACACAGACAGAUAGAACAAAGAAAAGAGGAGAGAACACAAGACCCAAAACGAUUCAAUGUUAAGCCCACUCUUGGAGAACAGGCUGUCAGAUUGCCUCCACUAGCCUACCAGAGCGAGCCAAACCUGCAGAUGAACACCAGUCAAGCAGCUUGUUAAGUUCUUGGCUCUACAUUGCCAACAAGAAGAUGAGACAUAUGUUCUGUGGCAUCAUUUGGCAUCAGAAGCAAAUGCAUUGCGGAUAUUGGAGGCAAAUUAUGAGACUAUUCAAGGUAGAUGUUUAACAAAGGUCUUCAAAGCAAACUUCAAAACGUGGCUAUAAAAACCAACCAAAAAAAAAAACCCAAAAAUAAAUAAAAACCAGUUUAACAAGCAUA